AUGGGAGGUAGUUGCGGGAGGAAAGCGGCUGGACGCUGUGACCCCGUCCCGUCCUCCCUUACCGACCAGGAGAAGCUGCGCUACCUCCAGCAGCAGCUGCAGGAUGAGACGCCGCGACGGCAGGAGACCGAGCUGCAGGAGCCAGAGCAGCAGCAGAAGCCGGAGGCUGGUCUCUCCCGGAACGGCGUGGGCCCCGCCGCCACGUCCCAGGGCUGCCCCGGCCCGCCAGGGAGUCCUGACAAACCCUCGCGGCCUCGCGGCCUGGUCCCCGCAGGCUGGGGAAUGGGGCCUCGGGCAGGUGAGGGCCCCUACGUGAGCGAGCAGGAAUUGCAGAAGGUGUUCACCAGCAUCGAGGAGCUGAGGAGAGAGGUGUCCUCGCUGACCGCCCGGUGGCAUCAGGAGGAGGGGGCGGUGCAGGAAGCCCUGCGACUGCUCGGGGGCCUGGGCGGCAGGGUCGACGGCUUCCUGGGCCAGUGGGAGCGGGCACAGCGCGAGCAGGCACAGACGGCGCGGGGCUUGCAGGAGCUGCGAGGUCGGGCGGACGAGCUGUGUACGAUGGUAGAGCGGUCAGCAGUGUCUGUGGCUUCACUGAGGAGCGAACUGGAGGGGCUGGGCCCACUGAAACCCAUUCUGGAGGAGUUCGGGCGGCAAUUUCAGAACUCUCGAAGAGGGCCUGACCUCUCCAUGAACCUGGAUCGGUCCCAACAAGGCAACUGUGCCCGCUGUGCCAGCCAGGGGUCGCAGUUGUCCACGGAGUCCCUGCAGCAGCUGCUGGACCGAGCGCUGAUCCCGCUAGUGGACGAGGUGAAGCAGAGGGGCCUGACUCCUGCCUGUCCCAGCUGUCAGAGGCUACACAAGAAGAUUCUGGAGCUGGAGCGCCAGGCCUUAGCCAAACACGUCAGGGCAGAGGCCCUGAGCUCCACCCUUCGGCUGGCCCAAGACGAGGCCCUGCGGGCCAAGAAUCUACUGCUGACAGACAAGAUGAAGCCGGAGGAGAAGAUGGCCACUCUGGACCAUCUACAUUUGAAGACGUGCUCCCUCCACGAUCAUCUCAGCAACCUGCCACUUGAGGGGUCCACAGGAACAAUGGGGGGAGGCAGCAGUGCGGGAACCCCCCCAAAACAUGGGGGCUUAGGCCCUGAACAAUAAAUGGCCCCUCAUGCUGGCA